GCACCAUGAGGACGAGAAGAUGAGAUGUUAAAAGGGUCACAAAUGGACUACUCGCACAGAUGACAGAAUGGACUCUGUGGAAAACAGCAGCAUGAAGCAGCAGCGCGCGUCCUCGCCAGCCAGAUUCAAAGAUUCGCCGUCCAAAGCAGCUUCCAAAAGCGCAUCUGGCAAAGCCUCCAGCAGCGCGUCAAAGAGCGGCAGUAAGAGCAGCCGCAGUAAUUCUCCGGUCACCAGCAAAGACCGGCAUGCGGCCCGAGGCGCGGCAGCUGUCCACGGCAGUGGAGCAGAAAGCCCGACUCUGAGACGCGCGGAGAAGAGCAAGAGCAUCGAGGAGCGCAGCAGCUCCUCCGAGGAGCCCUAUGCCACCGACGAGCCGGGCCUGGGGGUGGUGUCCGAUCAGCCGAGCUCCACCAAAUCCUCUCAGGGCAAGAGAGAGACGGCGAGAGCCGAUGGAGGCAAGACGGCCAAGAGCGCUGUAGGCUGCGGCCCGGGCUUCUGGAGGGAGGGAUGCUUGCAGUCUGAGCUCAUACAGUUUCACAUGAACAAGACCUUGAAGAAAGAAAGCGGCCUGCCGGCGAAGACGCCGAGCUCACCGCUAACGGAGCCGCAGCUGCCGCCCGCCGACGCAAACCGGCCCUCAGAGGCCUCACCUCCACCAAACCUGGAGCUGCAGGAGGACAUCGAGAGACUGGAGGACGAGAACGAAUACCUGAAGGUAGGAUGGUCACAAAUGGACUACUCGCACAGAUGA